CACAAAACUGCAAGGAACAUUAGGUGCGUGAUCAGUCGGUGAGUUUCUUACUCGUGAUGCGUUCCGCCCUUGUCUACUCUUGGAGAUAGGAGCCAAGCACCAGGGCUGCAAGUGUCGCGUUUGUUUUUUCCUGGGUUCCGUGGUGGGCAAUGGACUCAACGCUGCUCUCGUAGAGGGGACGUUUCGGAACUAAUGACCCAAAGACUUCGAGUACUGCUUCUGGCCUCUUGCGCGAUACCCCGACAAUACACCGCGCACUUGGACUUCUGUUGCGUGAGGUGAACUCUUUUGAGAACACCUUUGUCAUAUUUGUUUCAUCUCGAGGAUACUGUUCGUACCUCUUCCGAUGGACAAGGCUCACUCCAAAGUUCUGCAGCAAGCUCACAGCACCACGUAACAUUUCCUCAACGAACUCGUCCAGCGUCUGCUCCCAACAAACAUGGACUAUUUUCCCAUGCUUUGUUUUCUGUCGAGACAUCAUGAUUCCUGGUAAUCGAAUGCUGAUGGUCAUUUUAUUAUGCCAAGUCGUACUGGGAGAGAGCAGCCAUGCUAGUUUAAUACCUGAGGAGGGGAGGAAGAAAGUGUUGGGUCAUCACCCGGGUCAGAGUCAUGAACUGCUGCGGGACUUUGAGGCCACGCUGCUGCACAUGUUCGGGCUGCCCAGACGGCCCCAGCCCAGCCGCUCAGUCGUGGUGCCCCAGUAUCUGCUGGACCUCUACCGGCUGCAGUCUGGGGAGGCAGAGGAGGCCGGAGGCCAAGAGGUCAACUUUGAGUACCCUGAGAGGUCCACCAGCCGAGCCAACACUGUAAGAGCUUUCCACCAUGAAGAGCACAUGGAGCAAGUGCCGUCAGACGGGUCCUACAGUACCGGGGCUCCUCUGCGCUUCCUCUUCAACCUCAGCAGCAUCCCCGAGGAUGAACUGCUCUCCACAGCGGAACUGCGCCUGUACAGGCGGCGCGUCGAUGAGGUCGAUGCAGAGGCGCGGGAGGCCGGAGACCAGGGGCUCCAUCGCAUAAAUGUGUACGAGGUGCUGAAGCCCCCGCGGCUCGGGCAGCUGAUCACGCGGCUCCUGGACACACGGCUUGUGCGUCACAACACCACAGGCUGGGAGAGCUUCGAUGUGAGCCCGGCCGUGCUGCGGUGGACCAUUGACCGGCAGCCCAACCAUGGGCUCGCUGUGGAGGUGAUGCACCUGAGCCGGACGCCGCGGCACCAAGGAAAGCACGUGCGCAUCAGCCGCUCCCUGCAGCAGACACCCGACGAAGACUGGAACCAGCUGCGCCCCCUGCUGGUCACUUUUGGCCACGAUGGCAAAGGCCACCCACUCACACGUAGGACCAAACGCAGCCCCAAGCAGCGGGGACGCAAGCGCAACCGCAACUGCCGGCGACACGCACUCUACGUGGACUUCAGCGACGUGGGCUGGAACGACUGGAUCGUAGCGCCACCCGGCUACCAGGCUUACUACUGUCAUGGGGAGUGUCCUUUCCCUCUGGCAGACCACCUGAACUCCACCAAUCAUGCAAUUGUACAAACACUGGUCAACUCGUUGAAUAGCAAUAUUCCAAAGGCCUGCUGCGUGCCCACCGAGCUCAGUGCCAUCUCAAUGCUCUACCUGGACGAGACUGACAGGGUGGUCCUGAAAAACUACCAGGAAAUGGUGGUGGAGGGGUGUGGUUGCCGCUAGCCAGUUAAGAGCUAAGAAAUGCUUACACAAUGGACACAAUGUCCAAUGGCCCCAAUGUACACCAAAAUAUCUUCACUUGGACACUUAUUUAUAAUGUUUAUGUUGAGAUGUUUGUAUGUCUCUUUUUUGUUUCCUUGACCAUAUGAUCAUAUAUUUUGACAAAAUAUAUAUAUUUAUAUCUACAUAUUAAAAAUAAAAGUGAGACCUUAUUUUAAACAUUAAUAAGAAGCUGUACAACUUUUCAUGAUGUAUAUUAGAUUGUAUAAGGGUUUUAAAUGAGAAAAUAGAAAAAAACACCAAAAAGUAUAUAUACUGGUAAUAUUUAUUUCUUUCAUACUAUAUACAUUUACCAAAAUGGGAAAUGCAUAACCUCCCAGCCAACUUCCUAUUUGAGCAGAUGAACAAAUGCAAUAUGCAUCAUUUGUGUAUGAAAUUAGAGCACUGUGUGAAAUGAUAAACUGAUUUGUGUGAUAAAUCAGUUGAAGAAAUUAUAAAUGUACUUUGAUUUUAAUUCACGUUUUUGCAUCAACUUUUAGACAUGUGAUUUUAGAUGUCCCCAUAAUUUGUUCCAUUUUUUAAAAUAAAUUGUGAAACGUUACAAGGCA